UUUCCGGUUUAUUGGGACACGUCACUUAUUCGACCGAGGAAAAGGUUUCGUGCAACAAAAUCCUGAGUAAUUUUCUGCUAAUUAGACGGCCAAAAUCAUGUCGAACUCAGUGAUAUCUGUUAUUUCUCGGUUUCUGGACGAGUACGGCACCACGACGCCCAACAAACUCAAAGUGGUGGACGCAUAUCUGCUGUACAUCUUGUUAACUGGAGCCCUGCAGUUCCUCUACUGUCUCCUCGUCGGCACCUUUCCAUUCAAUAGCUUUCUCUCGGGCUUCAUCUCUUGCGUGGGUGCUUUUAUUCUCGCAGUGUGUCUUCGUAUCCAGAUCAACCCACAGAACAAAGGAGAUUUUCUGUCCAUCUCCCCAGAGAGAGCCUUCGCCGACUUCCUGUUCGCUCACACCGUCCUCCAUCUCGUUGUGAUGAAUUUCAUUGGCUGAGGCAAACAUAUCGCGACGAGAAGAAGUUAUUAAACUCCCCGCUGAUCUGGACUAUCCCAUCCUCACCGAAUAAGUCGGAUCUGGUCACAUACGAUGCAGUGCUUUUUUUUUUUUUUCUUUCUACUUUUAUGGAAACAUUUUUUAUGUAAACAUUUGUCCAGCAUUCCCUUUUUUUGCACUGACACAAAGAAAUAAAAACAACUGAAAUGGUG